CUGGUCUCACCUUACAGCACGCCCCGAGAGGCGAUCACAGAGGGGCGCUGCGCAGGCCGCCCUCAGACGCGCUCCGGUGGGUGCUGCGAUCGGUGGUGUGUUCGUAGUGGUGCAGUGAAGCGUGUCGCAGAAGAAGGCCACUAGAUCUUUCGGUCACUAAGACACCUUUAGGCACCCACCACUACCACCGCCACCAUGCCUGGCCACAUCAAAAAGUCCACGGGCCCGGACCCGGAUCCGUCCGAAUUCCUUUACAUCUCAAGGGAGAUGAAGAUGAAGGACGCCACGAAGCCCUACGAUUCGAAGAAGUCUUGCUGGGUGCCUGAUCCCAAGGAGGGGUAUGUCGAGGGUUUGAUUCAGGGUACCAAAGGGGACAAGGUCUCCGUGUUGGCUAACGGUGAGGUCAAGGAGUUCAAGAAGGACCAGGUUAACCAGGUCAACCCACCGAAGUACGAGAAAUGCGAGGACAUGUCCAACUUGACCUACCUAAACGACCCCUCCGUCCUCUACAACUUGAGAACUCGUUACGUCAACAAGCUCAUCUACACCUACUCCGGCCUCUUCUGUAUCGUCGUCAACCCGUACAAGCGCUACCCCAUCUACACCAACCGUACUGUCAAGAUCUACUUGGGAAAGAGGCGUAAUGAGGUGCCGCCUCACUUGUUCGCCAUCUCCGACGGCGCCUACAGCAACAUGCUUCAAGUUGGUGAGAACCAGUCCAUGUUGAUCACCGGCGAGUCCGGGGCCGGCAAGACCGAGAACACCAAGAAGGUACUCUCCUACUUCGCUAACGUCGGCGCCACUCCCAAGAAGGAUGGAGAGGGAGAAAAGCAGAAUCUGGAAGAUCAAAUUAUUCAGACCAACCCUGUGCUCGAAGCCUUCGGUAACGCCAAGACCGUCCGUAAUGACAAUUCUUCUCGCUUCGGUAAAUUCAUCCGUAUUCACUUCCAACCUACUGGCAAGCUGUCUGGUGCUGAUAUCGAGGUCUACCUGCUGGAGAAGGCUCGUGUCAUCUCCCAGCAGUCUCUUGAGCGAUCCUAUCACAUCUUCUACGAGAUGAUGUCCGACCAGAUCCCUGAGAUCAAGCCGAUAUGUUGCUUGAGCAACGACAUCUACGACUACCACUACGUGUCCCAGGGCAAAGUCACUGUCCCCUCCAUCGACGACAAGGAGGACAUGCAGUUCUGUCAUGAUGCCUUCGACAUCCUGGGCUUCACAAAGACAGAGGUGGAGAACGUGUAUAAGGUCACCGCUUCCGUCAUGCACCUCGGAGAGUUGAAGUUUAAGCAAAGAGGCCGUGAGGAGCAGGCGGAAGCUGACGGCACUGAGGCUGGAGAGAAAGUCGCAAAACUCAUGGGUGUGGACGUCAAUGACUUGUACAUGGCCAUCACGAAGCCCAAGAUCAAGGUCGGAACUGAGUUUGUGUCUAAGGGUAUGAACGUUGACCAGUGUACCUACUCCAUCGGUGCCAUGUCUAAAGCUCUCUUUGAUCGCGUCUUCAAGUUCAUCGUUUCCAAGUGUAACGACACCCUUGCCACCGGUCUCAAGCGCGCUUCCUUCAUCGGUGUGUUGGACAUUGCCGGCUUUGAGAUCUUUGACUUCAACGGCUUCGAGCAGAUCUGCAUCAACUUCUGUAAUGAGAAGCUGCAGCAGUUCUUCAACCACCACAUGUUCGUGCUGGAGCAGGAGGAGUACAAGAAGGAGGGCAUCAACUGGGUCUUCGUGGACUUCGGCAUGGACCUGCAGGCCUGCAUCGAGCUCUUCGAAAAGAAAAUGGGUCUCCUGUCCAUCCUGGAAGAAGAGUCCAUGUUCCCUAAGGCCACAGACAAGUCUUUCGCUGAGAAGCUGAAUGCAAACCACCUCGGCAAGACUCCAGUAUUUAUCAAGCCCAAACCACCCAAGCCGGGGAAUCCUGAGGCCCAUUUCGCCAUUGUCCACUACGCCGGCACCGUGAGCUACAACUUAAGUGGAUGGCUUGAGAAAAAUAAGGAUCCUUUAAACGACACCUUGGUCGAUCUGCUGAAGAAAGCUAGCAAUGAACUAACAGUUACGAUCUUCGCUGACCAUCCUGGGCAGUCUGGCGGCGGCGAUGAUAAGAAGGGCAAGAAGUCAGGAGGAUUCAAAACAGUGUCAUCAUCCUACAGAGAUCAGCUGAACAACCUGAUGAGGACCCUGAACGCCACUCACCCUCACUUCAUCCGUUGCAUUGUGCCCAACGAGACCAAGUCCCCGGGUGUGACUGACGCGGCCCUCAUCAUGCACCAGCUGACUUGUAACGGUGUGCUUGAAGGCAUCCGUAUCUGUCGCAAGGGUUUCCCCAACAGGAUGGUCUAUCCGGACUUCAAGCAUCGGUACAAGAUCUUGGCUUCUAAAAUCAUGUCCGAGAUCAGGGACGACAAGAAGUCUGCCAAAGCUUGUUUUGACAAGGUUAAGCUGGAUGAAGAGUCCUACCGUCUGGGUCACACGAAAGUAUUCUUCCGUGCCGGAGUUCUUGGCCAAAUGGAAGACUUGCGUGAUGACCGGAUCGGUAUGCUUCUCACAUGGCUGCAGGCUUGGAUUCGCGGAUUUGCCGCCCGGAAGGUGUACGACAAGUUGCAGAAGCAGCGCAUUUCCCUAUUGGUGGUUCAACGCAACAUCAGGAAGUAUAUGAAGAUGCGUAGCUGGCUUUGGUACUCACUCUGGAUUACCCUGAAGCCUCGUCUCACAGUGACGCGCAUCGAGGAUGAACUCCUUGCCCUGGAGGAGAAAGCUGAGACCGCUGAGAAGGAAUACGCAAAGGCAGUCAAGAUUCGAGAAGAACUUCAAGCCACUAAUACGACCCUGCAAGAGGCAAAGAAUAACCUACUGAUGGCUCUCGACUCUGCUAAGGGUGGUGUGAGCGAAUUCUUGGACAAGCAGAACAAACUCCAAAGUCAGAAAACCGAUCUCGAGAAUCAACUUACUGAAAUAACUGAGCGCCUGGCAAACGAGGAGGAAACUCGCAAUCAACUGGUGCAAGGUAAGAAAAAGUCUGAACAAGAGAUCUCGCGUCUCAAGAAAGACCUAUCUGAUGUUGAGCUGACAAUUCAAAAGGGAGAGCAGGACAAGGCUACAAAAGACCAACAAAUCCAUAACCUAAAUGAAGAAGUCGCCCACCAGGAGGAACUCAUUAAUAAAAUCAAUAAGGAAAAGAAACACUUGCAGGAAUGUAAUCAAAAGACAUCAGAGGAUCUCCAGAGUCUUGAAGAUAAAAGCAACCACUUCGGCAACAUCAAGUCUAAGUUGGAACACACUCUGGACGAACUUGAGGACUCCCUGGAGCGAGAGAAAAAACUUCGUAGCGAUGUUGAGAAAGCAAAGAGAAAAGUGGAGGGUGACCUCAAGCUGACUCAAGAAGCCAUUGCCGACCUGGAACGUAAUCAAAAAGAUAUCGAGAACACAAUUCAUCGCAAAGAUAAAGAAUAUGCAGCACUCGUUUCUAAGAUUGAAGAGGAGCAGCUCCAGGUUUCGAAGGUACAAAGACAAAUCAAAGAGCAGCAGGGCAGAAUUGACGAACUAGAACAGGAACUUGAAUAUGAGCGACAGUCCCGCGCAAAGGCUGAAAAGAGUAAGACUGGCUUGGCUAAGGAUCUGUCGGAACUCGGCGAUCGCCUGGAGGAGGCUGGAGGAGCAACUGCCUCCCAGAUCGAGCUGAACAAGAAGCGUGAGGCUGAGCUGAGCAAGCUCCGCCGCGACCUAGAGGAGACCAAUAUUCAGCAUGAGUCUGCCCUUUCUCUUCUUCGCAGGAAGCACAACGACGCUAUAACAGACCUUUCAGAACAAAUUGAUUACCUUAAUAAGAUGAAAGCCAGGCUGGAGAAGGACAAGGACUCCAUGAAACGUGACGCAGAGGACGCAAGGGCUACCCUCGACGGUCUGGCCCGCGAUAAGGUAAGAUCUGAGAAGACAGCCAAACAGAUUCAGCAGCAAAUUGCCGAAGUAAAUGCAAGGCUGGAUGAGUCGAACCGCACCCUCAGCGAUUUCGACGCUACCAAGAAAAAGUUAGCAGCGGAGAACGGAGACCUUCUGCGCCAGUUGGAGGAGGCCGAGAACCAGAUCGGUCAGCUGUCCAAGCUGAAGUUGUCACUCACCAACCAGCUGGAGGACAACAGAAAAAUGUCGGACGAGGAGAGUCGGGAGCGCGCAACGCUACUUGGCAAGUGCCGCAACUUGGAGCACGACAUUAUCGGCCUCCGAGAGCAGCUUGAUGCAGAGAGUGAAGCCAAGGCUGAUAUGCAGCGAUUAUUGUCCCAGGCUAAUGCUGACAUUCAGAUGUGGCGUUCUAAAUUCGAAUCUGAGGGUGUGGCGCGAGCUGAAGAAAUUGAGGCGGCGCGCAUGAAGCUGGCAGCACGCUUGGAAGAAGCGGAGUCACAAAUAGAACAGUUGAACAUCAAGAACCUUAGUUUGGAAAAAGCUAAGCAGCGGUUGGCCUCUGAAAUUGAGGAUGCACAAAUCGCAGCAGAGCGGGCCCAAACCUUGGCGUCCUCGGCAGAGAAGAAGCAAAAGAACUUCGACAGAAUCCUUUCGGAAUGGAAAUUGAAGGUUGAGGAUCUUGCUGCUGAACUGGAUGCUUCUCAAAAGGAGUGUCGCAACUACUCUACAGAGCAUUUCCGUAUUAAGGCUGCAUAUGAAGAAAAUCUCGAACACCUUGAUGCGGCUCGACGUGAAAAUAAGAAUCUUGGUGACGAAAUCAAGGAUCUUGUGGAUCAGAUAAGCGAAGGUGGCCGAUCCUUCCACGAGCUGGAAAAGAACGUUAAGCGACUGGAAGUCGAGAAGGAUGAACUUCAAGCUGCCCUGGAGGAGGCCGAGGCUGCCCUGGAACAGGAAGAGAACAAGGUUCUCCGCGGCCAGUUGGAGCUCAGCCAGGUUAGGCAGGAGAUUGACCGUCGCAUUCAAGAGAAGGAAGAAGAGUUCGAGAACACAAGGAAAUGCCACCAGCAAGCUAUGGAUUCUAUGCAGGCUUCACUUGAGGCUGAAGCCAAGGCCAAAGCCGAAGCUCUCCGUCAGAAAAAGAAGCUUGAGUCCGACAUCAAUGAACUGGAAAUCUCUCUUGAUCACUCAAGCAAGGCUCACUCUGAGAUGCAGAAGGCCUUCAAGAAACUGCAGACAGAAUCCAAGGAUAUGGAGCUGAAGGUGGAGGACCAGCACCGUACUGCUUCUGAAUACCGCGAGCAGUUAGGUAUUUCCGAUCGUCGCGGCAACGCCCUGCAAGGAGAGCUGGAAGAAACUCGGUCUUUGCUGGAACAAUCUGACAGGGCCCGCCGCCAGGCAGAAGCAGAUUUUGCUGACGCCCAAGAGCAGUUGGGUCAGCUCAACAGCCAGUGCAGCAACCUCACCCUGGCCAGGAGGAAGCUGGAAGGCGAGAUGCAAACCUUGCAAGCCGACUUGGACGAGAUGUUGAACGAGGCCAAGAAUUCCGAAGAGAAGGCCAAGAAGGCCAUGGUGGACGCCGCACGCCUGGCCGAUGAACUCCGCUCUGAACAGGAACACGCCCAGAACCAAGAAAAGAUGCGAAAGGCCCUGGAAGUCUCUUACAAGGAACUACAAGCUAAGUUUGAAGAAAGUGAGGGCAACGCCCAGAAAGCCGUAAAGAAAUCUUUGGGCAAGCUGGAAGGCCGAGUUCGUGAUUUGGAAUGCCAACUGGAUGACGAGUCUCGCCGCCACUCCGACGCCCAGAAGAACCUGAGGAAGUGUGAGAGACGCAUCAAGGAGCUCACCUUCCAGGCCGACGAGGACAAGAAGAACCACGAUAGGAUGCAAGAUCUCGUCGACAAACUGCAGCAAAAGAUCAAGACCUACAAGAGGCAGAUCGAGGAGGCCGAGGAGAUCGCUGCCCUCAACCUGGCUAAGUUCCGCAAGGCCCAGCAGGAGCUUGAGGAAGUUGCCGUCGCAUAAUUAUUUGUAAUCCGACAAAAAAAAAUUGUUUACGUUUAAUAAAACCAAUGGUACAUCAGCAAUAUAGCACUAUUUCGAUUUCUCGGGGACAAAUUAAACAUACACUGAUUAUGUCCUGAAUGUAACCAAUCAAAAUAUAACUGAUACCACUUUCACUUGUUCUGUUGAAAUAAAUGCAAAAACAUAUUAAAUAGGUACUGAGGCUGUUCUUACCACUUUAGUCGUACCAAAACAUUUGUUUGACACAUCGCUCCUUUACAGGGUAACUGAUCUAAGCUGUAUUUGGCCAACCAUUAGACGUAGAGUUUAAUUCGCCUUGAGCCAUACAACAAUAAUUGUUUUCUAGUCGAGCGUUGUUUCUGUAACGGUGGAAAAUUCCAUCUGGAACGACUAACUGAAAAUACGUAAAAAGAAAAGCAAACGAUUAACCUUGAUAAGUUUGUCAGCUGCAGUCUACUUUACAGAGAGCUUCUGUGUGAAAUUAUAAUGCGAAUAAAUAAUUUAAUACAGUAAA